UUUCAGGUCUUUAGUGUAUCCCAUUAAAAAUGGCUACCUUUGAACGAUGCUAUUUGUGGUUUUCAUUUCUCACUCUCUUAAGUUGUGAGAGCAUAACGUUUAGAGAAAAUGACACAUUUAAUGAAGAGCUCUUUGUCAAACCAUUUAAAAGUGGCCACGAGUUAUUUUUUUUCCAGUUUACAACACUCUGGAACUCGAGAAAGCCAUAUACUCAUUACAGAUUAUUUCCAAGAUCUUUGGGUGAUGUUCUGUCAACUUAUAAUGUACAAGAAUUGCACUUAACACAAGCACAAGGAUUUUGGAAACACAAAAAGUGGGGGUAUCCUCCAGAAGAUGCACCACCUGGUGUUGAAUUAUGGGUGUGGUUCAAACUUGGAACAUUAAACAUAGACAAACAGUGGUCAGAUCUUGUUAAUGCUCUCGGUGGUCUGUUUUGCUCAUCUCUGAAUUUUAUGGAUUUGAAAUCUACUGUGAGUCCCCACUGGUCCUUUAGACCCCAAGGUGUGGCCACUAAAAGUUAUCAUAUGAAAUCAAUGUAUCUGAGAUAUUCAGCUUUACCCAAAGAGAUAGUAUGUACAGAAAAUCUAACACCAUGGAGGAAAUUAUUGCCUUGUGAUAAGGUUGGGUUAUCAAGUCUUUUCCAUACAGCUAAGUUGUAUGAUUCAUCAUAUCAUUCAAUAGGCAUUCAUGUCAGACCUAUCUGUCUGGAACCAAAAUGUUCUUCAGCAUCAGUUGAACUCAAGCAGACAUUGAGUGUUGUCUUUGACAAAUCCUACUCCAAAGUUGGAAAACAAGAUUGGAGUUUUAAGAAGACAUUGGGACAGUCAUUAAGUUCACAGUGUUCUAUGGCCACACUUAGUAAAAUAUAUGUUGAUAUAACAUAUCAGCAGGAAAUCAAGCUCACAUUGAAGCCUGAUGCUGAUAAAAUAGUUAAAAUGGAACUUGCUGGAGAUGAAAGGAUAUAUGCUGUAUAUGAUGUUUCUACACAGCUUCCUAGGAACUACCAUUCAUUUAAUCUUCAAGGCAGCUACAAUGAAGUUAUCAACCGUAAUGUUACAACAGACGCAUCAGUACAUGCUACUAGAUAUGUAACUGGUUUUGGACUACAGAGAGGAGGAAUAACCUGUCAGAUUUAUAACAACUUGCCAGUUAAUAUGACAGUAAUCUAUAUGGAAACAAUACCCUGGUUUAUUAAGAUCUUCUUCAAUUCAUUACAAAUACAAAACAAUAAAACUAUGGUAAAGCCAUACAAAAUACAUUACAUGCCUGGUAAAGACAGGAGUAGAUCAUAUCAUCUUGAAGUUGUAUUUAGACUACGUGCAAAUUCUGUAACUAAAAUAAAUGUGUUGUUUGAGAGGACAUUUUUAAAAUGGACAGAAUAUCCACCAGAUGCCAAUCAUGGAUUCUAUAUAAACUCUGCUGUUGUAACAACUGAAUUACCAGAGGAUAAUAAUUAUAUUUCUGGACAGCCAAAUGUUUCUAUAUUCAAAAGAUUUGAUGACAAAUCCUCUGGAAUUUUCAUAAGAAUACACACAGAAACAUUACUGGUAUCUCUGCCAACACCAGACUUCAGUAUGCCCUAUAAUGUCAUUUGUUUGGCAUGCACCGUUGUAGCAAUAGCAUUUGGAUCAUUGCAUAAUUUAACAACAAGACAGUUUAAAGUUGUGGAAUCUACAAAAAUUAAAGGCUUAGUACAGAAAGUCAAAGACCUAUUUAAGAUUAAAAAAAAGGAUAUAGCAAAUAACAUUAAAACAGAAGAUCAAGAUUCUAAACAAUCAGACAAUGAGUGCUGUAUAUUAAAGGAGUAAUGUACUUAGACAAGAAUGUCAAAUUGCGCGUAUUAUCUAAACUAAAUAACUUGCACAUCUCAAUCAUCUAGGAUCUGUAGAAGCUGUAUAUAUAUGUUACAGUAAAUAGAUGAAAUAAGGAAUAACAUGUAAUUACUGAACAAUUCAGUAAAUACCUGAAAUUACAAAUCAAUUAAGUAAUUACAUGUAAUUGCUGAUUGAUUCAGUAAAUACCUGAAAUUACUAAUCAAUUCAGUAAUUACAUGUAAUUGCUGAUUGAUUCAGUGAUUACAGGUUAUCAUUGAUUUUUUAUUGUAAUUUUUUACAGCUAUAUACUAAAUGGAUAUUUUUGUUUUGAUAUUUUGAACAUUAAUCAAGAAACCUUAGAAAAAAGAAAACAAUACAUUAUAAACUUCAUGCGUCUGAAGCGCUAUUAUGGAUUAACCUUCAUUAGGAACGCCCAAAGCCGAAUAUUUGAAAGCUACGAAUGUAUAGCUGAUGUCACGUUGGCGCGGUCGUCCUCGUCCGAAGACAUUUGGUUUUCGCUCUCUAACUUUAGUAAAAGUCAAUAGAAAUCUAUGAAAUUUAAAUAUAAGUUCUAUGACCAUCAAACGAAGGUUAGGAUUGAUUUUGGGUGUUUUGGUCUCAACAGCUUACGAAUUGGGGGGCCGAUAAGGGCCCAAAACAAGCAUUUAUCUUGGUUUUCGCACUAUAACUGUAGUAUAAGUAAACAGAAAUUUAUGAAAUUUAAAUAUAAGGUCUAUGACCUCAAAAGGAAGGUUGGGAUUGAUUUUGGGAGUUUAAGUCCCUAUAGUUAAUGAAUUAGGGGCCAAAAACAGGUACCAAAAUAAGCAUUUUUCUUGGUUUAUGCACAAUAACGUUAGUAUAAAUUAAUAAAAAUCUAUGAAAUUUUAACACAAGGUUUUUGACCACAAAAGGAAGAUUUGGAUUGAUUUUGGGAGUUUUGGUUUCAACGAAUUAGUGGCCAAAAGGGUCCAAAAUUAAACUUUGUUUUAUUUCAUCAAAAAAUGAUCUAUUGGGGUUCUUUGAUAUGCCAAAUCUAACCGUGUAUUCAGAUACUUAAUUUUUGGUCCUGUUUUUAUUUUAUUUCAAAACAUGUUGCUCGCUUAACCACUAAAGAUCGCUUUAUUUCAGUUAAUUGACACAGUUCAUGUUUUUAAAAAGAUCUUUACAUAGCAAAUUUACAGUAUAUGUUUAACUUAUCACAGGAAUAAAACAUUUUCAAAAAUAUCAAAUAAAUAUUUUUAUAUAUAUUAAUAUAUUAAGAAAGGGUAUAUUAUGUUUGUAUUUUUUAACUGAUAUGACGAUGAGCAAUUUUUGCUUAAAGUAUUACAAGAAUAGAAUGAUAAAUGUGUUUGUCAACAGUUAGAAAAUAGUUAUAAAACUUCAUUUAAAAAUUAGUUAUUACUGGUAAUAACUGGGUAGUUCUAGGAACGCCUUGUAAUAACUAAGAGCACCAGGAAUUAUAUGUAAUGUCUAAAUGUUAACGAUUACAUGUAAUUUCUAAUUUCACCUACUUUAAACUGUAACAUAUAUACUAGUAUACAAUAUGUCAUCUAUAUUUAGUGAAUGGAAACAUUUUAUGAUGUACAUGUCAGUCUCGCAGGUUUUAUUUUACAUUGACCUCAUUUUCAUUGUUCAUGGCUUAGUGUUAAGUUUUUGUGAUUUGGUCUGUUAUUCUUAAAACUAUAGACAAUAUAUCAACGUUAUUUAUUGUAUGGUAUGAUUGUAAGGUGUUUAUUUCUAUCUGGAAGGUGUCAUCUGAUCUUGACCUCAUUUUCAUGGUUAAUUGGUCAAUGUUUAGUUUUCAUGGUUAAGUUUGUUUCUUAGUUCCUGGAAGCAAUAGGUCAACUAUUUUUUUACGACCGCAAAAAAUGUUUUGGGAUCUGAUAAUGGUAUGAUGUCGUCGUCGUCUGUGUCGUCCGAAGACACAUUGGUUUUUGGACAGUAACCGUUUAGGAAUUAGGGGCCCAAAAGGAGUCCAAAACAAGCUUUUCUCUACUUUUAGGAUAAUAACUUGUGUAUUAGUGUUUCAACUGCUCUAAAAUUGUUCCACAAUGUUUUUUCAAAUACCACAAGUAGAAAGUUUGGAUUCAUUUUGUUGGUUAUUGUGUCUACAGUUAAGGAAUUAAGGGCCAAAAACAAGCAUUUUGUAGUUUCUGGAUAAUAUCUUGUAUGCAAAAGAAUGGAUCUACAGGAUCUAUCUGACCUUGUAACUCAAUGUUCCAUAUCACAAAAGGAAGGCUUGAAUUGAGUUCGGGGGGUUAUUGCCCCAUUCAUGCAGGAAUUAAGGGUUAAAACGAGCAUAUAUAUAGUUUCCAGAUAAUAAUUUGUGUUUUAGUGCAUGGAUCGCUCUGAAAUUGUACUACAAGGCUCCACAUAACAAAGGAAAGGCAGGGAUCGAGUGUGAGGGUAAUUGAUCCAAGCGGGGAUUCAAAAAGUUUUGUGGGUUCCAAAUUUUUCAAGGGAUUCAAUUUGUUUUUCAAAUUUUUUAUUAAGUAUCAAAAAUACAUUUUAAAUUGCACAGUAUUGCACAAUAAAUUUGUAAGAUCUUGAUAUUAAAUAUGAGUAAGAAACCUAUAUUAUGUCAAAAUUUUGAUAACAAUCCAAAUUCAGGCAGAAUCAAGCUUGAAUUGUGUGUCCAAAUUUGUCCCAAUUGUUCAAGAUUCAACCUCUGCGGUUCUAUCAAGCUGCGCUCGGCUCAGUGAAGCAUUUUAUUAAAUCAUUGAUUGAUUGUAAGGUGUAUAUUUCUGUCUGGCAUGGUUAAUCUUACCCUGACAUCAUUUGCAUGGUUCAAUGGUCAAUGUUAAGUUUUCUUGGUUAUGUCUGUUUCUUAGAUACUAUAAGCAAAAGGUAUGAUUGUAAGGUGUACAUGCAUGACAUGCAUUUCUUGUUUAUAUUAUCUGACCUUGGCCUCAUUUCCUUGGAUCAUGUUAAGUUUGUGUGAUACUUGUAGUAAGGUUUUAUAUUAAGGACUAUCAACAUAAAAUCAAUGUACAAAAUCACUGAAAUAUACAAGACCUUUUUUUUUUAUAUAGAUCCCUUCUUGAGUUCUGUGAUUUUGUAUUUUCUAUUAAAAAUUCUUCAAAAGAUGUCUUCAGUAGUUACACUCGACAAGUUUCACUGGCGUUAAACUGAUCACCGUAACUGCAGUUACGGUUAUCCCAACAUAACGGAGCCCAAAGCAGGUGAAAUCGUCUUUUUGUAAUAUCUCCGUUACCCAGCCGUUAGUUUGAUAUAUAUAAUAUUGUUGUAUGUGUGCGUUCUUAAUAUCCUAUGUGACUUUGUUACUGAAAUAUUAUUCAUUGGAAAUUAACGGAAGAUCAUCGUAACUCCAAGAAUUUUGUUUGUUGUGAUAGUGUUAACUUGAUUAUUAGAUAGUCGUAACUUUUACAUGAUCAUAGUAACUUGUCAGUGAUGAUUGUAAAUUUCUUUAUAUGCUGAUGUGCGACUAUAUAACUCGUGUUUGAAUGUUUAAUAACUAGACAAUAUUUUACUUAUUUUCAAGGUAUAGUCUUUAUAUUUUUCAAGUCAUAGUUUACCGUAAAUGUUCAUCAUGAACAAGGAGAGGCAAGCAUUUUCCAUGUUCAGACAUUAUUAUUGGGAACUAUAAUGUUUACUUUACGUUCGUUUUCAAGUAACGAUAUGCUUAUGGUAACGGCAUCUUAUGUUUAUGUGAAUCUCGUUUCCUUUUCAAACACUUUUUUUGUAAUCUGAAUGUUGUAUUAGUUCCUUUGGUGUGGGUAGUUAAGAUGUGCGCCAAAACUGCUUCUGCACUUACCAUUAAAGGAACACAUAUAGAGCAUAUAACCGACGAAAAAAUUUUGUAUUUUCUAUUAAAAAUUCUUCAAAAGAUGUCUUCAGUAGUUACACUCGACAAGUUUCACUGGCGUUAAACUGAUCACCGUAACUGCAGUUACGGUUAUCCCAACAUAACGGAGCCCAAAGCAGGUGAAAUCGUCUUUUUGUAAUAUCUCCGUUACCCAGCCGUUAGUUUGAUAUAUAUAAUAUUGUUGUAUGUGUGCGUUCUUAAUAUCCUAUGUGACUUUGUUACUGAAAUAUUAUUCAUUGGAAAUUAACGGAAGAUCAUCGUAACUCCAAGAAUUUUGUUUGUUGUGAUAGUGUUAACUUGAUUAUUAGAUAGUCGUAACUUUUACAUGAUCAUAGUAACUUGUCAGUGAUGAUUGUAAAUUUCUUUAUAUGCUGAUGUGCGACUAUAUAACUCGUGUUUGAAUGUUUAAUAACUAGACAAUAUUUUACUUAUUUUCAAGGUAUAGUCUUUAUAUUUUUCAAGUCAUAGUUUACCGUAAAUGUUCAUCAUGAACAAGGAGAGGCAAGCAUUUUCCAUGUUCAGACAUUAUUAUUGGGAACUAUAAUGUUUACUUUACGUUCGUUUUCAAGUAACGAUAUGCUUAUGGUAACGGCAUCUUAUGUUUAUGUGAAUCUCGUUUCCUUUUCAAACACUUUUUUUGUAAUCUGAAUGUUGUAUUAGUUCCUUUGGUGUGGGUAGUUAAGAUGUGCGCCAAAACUGCUUCUGCACUUACCAUUAAAGGAACACAUAUAGAGCAUAUAACCGACGAAAAAAUGAAGUUACUGAGAGUGUUUAAUAAAGAUAUUGUGACAGAA